AUGACUGUUAUUAUUAAAGAAACUUAUAAUGUCAGGCCAACUCAACCAACACAACAUUCACCAAUAAUUCUAUCUAAUCAUGAUUUAUUACUUCCAAUGUUUUACAUGUUUGCUCAUCAUUUUUACAAGAAUGUUGAUAACAAAAAUGAUUUUAUGGAUCCUAGUAAACUACGUGAUUCAUUGGGAGAUAUUUUAUCUGAUUAUUAUCCAUUGGCUGGUCGUUUAAAAAAAGAAAUUGAUGGUAAAUUAAGCAUUGCAUGUUGUGAUCAAGGUAUACCAUUUAUCAUAGCCAAAAGCCCAGAUAUUACAAUUCAACAACUUGAAGAAAAAAAUUGGCAGCCUUCUUCAAUUCCAGAUCAUCUUGUACCUGAUUUACCUGUAACUCAUGGAUUAAUAUCACUUCCUUUGGAUGUGCCAUUACUUAUGGUACAACAUACCACAUUAGCUGAUGGAUCUGUUGUUUUAGGAACGGUUAUGCAUCAUACAAUUGCAGAUGGUAUCUCAUUAUUUUGUUUUUUAGAUAAUUGGGGACGUAAGGCUCGUCAAGAACCAAUCAUUCCUCCUGUACAUGACCGUUCUUUACUAAAGGCUAGUGGUAACCCACCAACUCAUGAGCAUCCUGAAUUCAAGCUGUUUAAACUUCCGACUGAGGCUUCUCAAGCGAUGCCACCGAUGCCACCGAUGCCACCGAUGAUAACAAAAUUAUUUCAUAUUAAUAGAGAUAAUUUAAAAAAAUUAUGCAAUGUUUAUUCUGGUGAACAUAAUUUGGUUUCAGCUAAUGAUGCACUUGUAGCUCACCUUUGGAGAUUGGUAACUAGAGCACGUGGAAUUCCUUUAGAUGCAGAAGUUAUUUGUGCAUUUCCUUGUGAUGGAAGAAGAAGACUCAAACCAUUCUUUCCACCAAAUUAUUUUGGUAAUUGUAUCUUAGGUGCGGUUCCAAAAAUGCUUGUUUCUGAGUUGAUAAAUGGAUCUCAACCAAAUCUUGCACUUCAAAUACGAAAAGCAAUUGAUAAAGUAAAUGACUCAAAAAUAAGAUCUUCAAUUGAUUGGAUUGAGCAACAACCAAAUAAAAGUGAAAUUAAAUUAAAUUGUAAUUACUAUUGUGGCAAAGAUCUUGUCUUGACCAAUUGGUCUAAAUUUUCAUUAUAUGAUUUAGAUUUUGGUUAUGGAACUCCAUUAAGAUUUAGCUUGAGAAGAGGAAGAAAUUUGGAUGGAAUAGUUGUCCUACUUGGAACUAAAUAUGAUGAUGGAAUACAAGCUUGUACAAGCUUAAUUAUUGAACACAUGCAAAAAUUAGAGCAAGAUCCUGAAUUUAAAGAGUUCUUUCAAAUUUCUUAA